CCUCGCCAAGGUUUCAUUUUUCGUUUACCUGAGAUCCUUAUGGUUCGUGUUUUAUUGAUAACCUUUCUAUUUGCUUUGUUACAGCUUCUUACGAAAGUGAAUUACGUCCAUUGAUUCUUUGCUUUGAGCGCCCUGCCUUGGCGCUUGCGAAAACAACCAGCAGCCGCGCGGGACAGUGUUUUAUUGGAACAGACUUUACUCGUAAUGUCUUUUGAGACUUUUCCGUGUGGUAGCCCCGAAGCUGAAAGCACAGAAGAGCCAGCUCCCUCAUUAUAUGUUGAAACUCCAGAGGACGAUCCCUCUAGCUUGCUAAUCAAAAAGCCAGUCAUGAACACAGAACCCUCAAGGCUCGCCGAAACGGCGAAUAUCGAAGAUCAGAUGAUGAGCGAAGAUGAAAUUGCUCAGGUAAAUGCGAAAAGUGGCGAUGCGUUGAAGCUAAACAUGCGUAAGGACUACCAGGAAACAGAAGCAAGCCAUCUUGGGAAAAAGAACGUCGAUGAUGCAGGGAGGCGUGCCAUGGAAGGGAACAAUGUCUAUGAAGUCGCUCGACCUCACUGGAUUCAGUUAAAUUACGGAAAUUCGUCAUCUGUGCCAACUCAUGCCACCACUCCGAACGAUCGUCAACAACAAGAAAGCGAUCGCGCUAGCGUAAUAAUUAAAAGAUUGAACAAUAAAGAACAACAGGAAGUCGAUUCGGACUCUGACAACGAUUCACAAGAUUCGGGGAAGAUACGAGGUAGCGAGCUUCGAUGCAACGAGAAAAUUUCUGAUGGAAACGACGAAAACGUGAAUGCAGUUCAACCUCAUUCCUCGCGUGCACUGUAUUAUAAUUAUAAUGCGCACCACGAGGAUGUCAACAAACUGGAAGACAAAGGAAAUGCCAAAUUACAGAACGCUCGAGGGGAGAUUUUGAGGAACGUGCACGGAGAAACCAAAGCGCUUCCUGUUUAUUAUAUGCCUGCUGGAGCUUAUCCACAUAUGGUUGCAAUGGCCAGUGGAAAUGCUGGAAACAGUGCUAAUGUGCUAAAGAGGGAACAUUUUGUGCACACUGGCAUUAAUGAGCUCAAGGGAUUUCCUGUUCAGCACAUGGAUUAUGUUUCAGGAAGGCCAGAGCAGCAAGUGCCUGUGGCAACAAGUACAGUAAACCCUGGAGAAGGAAAUGUUUAUGGAAAUUUGCAGCAUGGAGCUCCAGGUUUGCAGUUUAUGGACAGGCGAUUUGUCCAUGCAGGGGGCUAUGCCAUGGUACCUGGACUUGGACAUGUGCGAUUGAUUGAUGGAAUGUACUAUCAAGGGCUCUCUGUAGGAGGUGAUCAGGGUCGUUAUGAAAACUUUGCAGCAGUACCUUCAUUUGUGCCACUGAAUAACAUCCCUUCGGAUAUAUCAGCCUCUCAGUCACAGUCACAACUACCCAGUUCAGCUGCUUCAAACACUGAUGUGGUAAACCAGCGAGGUCAAGACAAGCUGCUAAGUAGGUGUCAAAAAUUCUUUUAGUUAUUGCGUCUGUAGAUCAAAUUAGAUUUUCUUUAUUAUAGGUCCAAGGUAUUGUUAUCUUGCAAUAUUGAACUUGGCUUUCUGCAAGGCCAAUACAGCACCUAUACCUGAUGACGUAGGUUGUUUCACUUGUUCUCAAAGCAGACUAAUUAAGACAGUGGCUUUGUAAGAUCUCUUCAACUGACAUUGUUGCAUUGUUUUAUGAAGAGUCUUUGCAUGGUUCAGUUAGCUCAAAGAUCACUCCCUCCCUUUUAUUGUCAGGCAUUUGACAGCUCUAAGCCCAGUGGUAAUAUUUCAGGUCUGGUUUGGAAGCCUCUGUGCAUGCAAUGAUUCAAAUCAGUUCUAAGUACUUUUAUCUACCUCUGUGCAAACCGCAAAGUGCCCCUGUUAGUACUCUGACAGAUUUAGACUGAAAGUAUUUUUUUGAAUUGAGUUUUUUUGCAAAAUGCUUUGGGAAGGGCUAAAUCAAUAUUUUGGUAAGUAUCUGCCAUACAAUACAUUCUUCUGCAGGGAAAAAAAACCUCCCUUUCCAAAAGUACAAAUUAUUUUUAGAUACAUAAACUCUAGACAUGUUGAAAACUUGAAUGCCAUAAAAGGUUAUUCAUCAUGAAUUGUGAUAUGUCAUGAGUUGUAUGUUUAUCAUUGGGUCUGAGAAAUCUGCAUAUUUACUCCUUAUUGUCAACUGAUUUAUUGUUUGCAUGAUAAGUCCAUGAUUUAUUGUGGCUAUUGCAUGAAAUGAAAUUAUGACCAGUGGAAGUAUCCUUGAGAGCAGAUGCUUGCGUUUAAAACUCUUUGCUUAGUCAUGUGUACAUCAGGCGAUUUUGACAGCACUUUCUUUUUGACAAGCUAACUUGAGAAAUGCAAACACUUCAGGGUUCAUUUUGUAAUUUAAGGCAGUAAAGAAUUAGAUUGGUAUAGAAAAAGGAGCAAACUUUUUUUUCUGAUUGAAUCAAAUUUUGAUAAUUUGUGUCACUGUUGUAUUUAGAUCAGAAAAAAUUAUUUGGUAGUUUCUACUGUUCCAUUAAAUAAGAUAUUGAGAGACAGUGCUGAAUGAAGGAAAUAAUGUACAGUAAUGGAACUGUGAGGUUGCUUUUAAGCUAAGCUUUUACAAUGCGCAACCACAACCAAGGUAGCUUCUCAUAUAAAAAAAAGGAAAUUUGAUACACUCUAUUUUUCCCAAUGAAAUAUCUGUGAUUUAAGUGGUUGUUAGUAAGAUCUUAUGAGCAGUGCUUGAGCCAUUAAAAAUACAUGAUAAUACUCUGUCAAAAUUUUAGCUACUGCAUGUGGUGACCAGAAGCCAAUCUUGUCCCACAGUGGACUGAUAAUUUAUUAUUUUAGGAAGCAAUGGAUUUUAAUUGAUGCAUUUUUUGUGGUGAAACUGAGCCUGUGAAUUCAUUAUUGACAUUCCACAGAUGCUGCCAAGCCUUAUGUAAGCCCUGUUCAUUCUGCUGUGUCUCCUGUGUCAAGUUUGGAAGAACGGAGAUCAACAAAUUCUCCAGCUGUUAAGAGUGACAGCAGUAGUCCAGCUCCUGGAGAAGAUCCUGACAGUAAGAAACUUGCUCAAAGCAAAUUAAAAGGCAAACCAAAGCCCACCACAGGGGCCUCCAAGCCAGAGAUAAAGUGUGAGCAAUGUGGGAAAACCUUUACGUCAUCUAGUGCCCUUGCAAAGCACAAACUUACUCACAGCGAUGAGAGAAGAUAUGUCUGCUCUACUUGUGGAAAAGGAUUCAAAAGACAGGAUCAUUUGUGAGUGAAUUAGGCUGUUUCCUGUUUGUGUAGAUUGGCUUAAUUCACUGUUGACAUUCAACAUAGUACCGGAUCCAGGGGAAAUACUCCCUUUUGUGGUCAUCAAAUUUGUACCUUGAUUUGUAUAUCUGCUAUAAAACAUUGUUUUGUGAGCAGAAUUUGCACAGAUGUUGAAGGAACAUUCAAGUAAACAAAUAAUUGAAAUUGGAUCUUCAGGGUCAAAUCCGGUGUGAACUUAAAGAUCAAAGUCAAAUUUUUCUCACAUUGAGCACUUUCUUCUUUUGAUAACAGAGAAUCACCUGAUAUGUAUCUAAGGAACUCUCAAAGUAAUGGUAUACUGAAGGAGCAAAAAAAUACUUGUGAAAUUCACCCACACCACAAUUAUAAUUGAUUGUUUUGACUCCAGUAGAUCAAUUAAAAAUAGAUUACAAACAGGCUUUUGCGUUUUAGUAUUCACAAUAUAUGAUGAUAAGUUCAUUAAAUAUGAACCAGAGAUCAGAUUGAAAUGAAUUUUUAUGUUUUGAAAUUUCAGAAAUGGUCACAUGGUAACCCAUCGAGACAAGAAACCGUAUGAAUGCAGGUUUGCUGAUUGUGAUAAGAGCUAUUGUGACAUGCGUUCUCUACGUCGACACCUGGAGAAUCAUCACCCAGCCAAUGGGAAUAAUGUCAAUGAUUCUAGACCACCUGGUUCUGGAAGUCCGAGCUUAAACUGCAAUGAUAAACUAUCGCCAGCAGGAAGUAACGAGCAGGUGGGAUCACCAAGAAAUUUAACCAAGUUGACAAAGGUCAGAACAGUCAAGGAUCGGAAUGAGCACCUUCAAGUCAGUGGGUACGAUAGUGGCAGGAGCUCAGGUAGAUCAACACCUGGAAGCACUCAUGAACCCAGUGCCCCCCGUGAAAGACCUGUGGAUUUACCUCUGGAGGGGGCAGCAUUGAACAGCUUGAGAGAAAGGGAAAGGAAUAGUGACAGCUUCAGCUCAACUACGUCUGAGGAUGGGCUUGGCAACUCUGCAGAGCAAAGUGUACCUGAGAAAGCUGCUGAUGCUGCCUUAACUCAUUCAGCAGUUGACUUGCUCAAGCAGGCAGCGGAUCGUGUCAAAGGACAGAACAGUAGUCGAAAUGUUAACGAAGGGUGGUCAGAUAGGUUACCACAGCAGUCCUAUGUGGUAUACCGCCCAGAGGGAACACUUCACCCGCAGUGGUAUCAGACAGCAUUGUACGCUCAGGACCCACGGCUUAUGUACCCAUCCAUGUAUCACUUUCCCCCGACAGUGUUCCAAGUUCCUGUUAGUUCCCAGCAAGUCAGUGGAUUAGUAAAUGAAUCCUGUCAAAGGAUGGUGAAUGAUGUAGACACUCCUACGGAGAUGACAAAGACUGUUGGGGUGUCAACACAGGCAACCCCAUCACCUUCCCAAGAUUACCGACCAGCAGAUGCCAUGCAGGUGGCAUACUACAAACAGCAGCAAGGUGGAAGACAUGCUGAAACUCCUACGGAUCCCACUGCUGUUGCUGUAGCCACAGCAAAAGAAAUGGGACAAUUUAGAUACACUGGUGAAAGUUUUUAUGGAGUGCAUCCUUCUGGAACACAGUGGCAACAGGUGAGUACUCCCUCAUGUGAUGCAUUUCUGUAACAACGGUAUUAUGCAACACGUAUAGUCCAGUGGUGACCUAGAGGUCAGUGCACUGGUCUCUGCAACAAGAGGUCUGUGUUCCAGCACGGGCUGGGUCAAUGAGUUGUGUACUUGGGUUUGAUACUUCACUCCAAAGUACCUUGCUCCACCCAGGAGUGAAAUCUGAUUGUGUCCAAUUUUUUUUAGGUAAAGUUUAUGAUUUCAAGGAAUUACCAGCAGCGAACUAGCAUUUAGCAGGACUCUUGACCCUUCCACUCCAAAGAUCCCAUGAUUAAUUCUCCCUACUGACUGCUAUACUUUUUCCUUGUAAUUGGACAGGAGAAUUAAGUCUUAUUCCCAAUUAACACCCUCAAGCUGAUAAGUUUGUUUGUUAUCAUAACCCAUUUUCAAGUUGAUUUGAUUGGGAUUUUGCAAGAAGAAGUUACAAGUUAUGAAAGGAACAAUUGCUCCAUAUCAUGAAAAUCAGUGUAAGCACUAGCAGCAAUCAAUGGUUAGGCUAAUUAGAUGGUAGCAAGUAAUUUAGUGUUAACAACUGGGUUGAAAACGUAAAUUAGCCACUGUAAAGGAUAAAAAAGCUGACGUUUCGAGCAUUAGCCCUUCGUCAGAGUGAUUAGAGGAAUUGUGGGUUGUGUGUGGAUUUAUAUGUAGAAAGUGGAGCUACGCCAUUGGUGGGAAUAUGGUGAUGAGAAAACAGGAAUAAAUUAGUUGAAUGAAAAGCGCUCGUUGAUUCCGUGGGGAUUAAGGGUGCCGAUUUGGAAUAUAAAUUUUUUUAUUAAUUAGAUGGUAGACUAUUACAAUGUAACAAACUCAAAGUCAUUGCUGGUUUUUUUAAUAUGUUUUUUUGGUCGUUUAUUUGUUGUUUGCUAUUUGUUAUUUUUUAAUGUAAUCUAGCUAGUAAGUUGCUCUGUCAGCUAUUGAGUUGGUAAGGAUUUCUUGCUGUAUCAUCAACCUUUUAGUUUCCAUGAACACCUAGCCAGAAAAAUAUAAAUGUAUUUUUACUAAAAUCAAUUUGCCAAUGAUCUUCAAAUGGUGACACUUUGAUAUAGUCAAUGAUAGGAACUGAUGAGCAAAAAAAAAGAUUCACAUUAUGUGAAUGAGUUGUGUUUGAUGCACUCUGAACAUCAGGUUUUGGAAUGUUAUUUGCUAAAAAAAAUUUAAUUCUCUCCCUAAUUUUUUAAAAUGAUUUUUAUUCCAUGGCAUUUAUGACCUAACUGUGUAAUUUGGUGAAUGAUCAAUGCAUACAUUUUCUUUUCCUUUCAAAGCUAUUGUUUUUUUUUUCUUUUACAAAAGAAGAUGGUUAGUGAUCAUUCUUUGUAUAAAUGUUCCUUUUUUUAGGACAAUAAUUUUUUUAUGGACAUCAUGGAAAGAAAAGUGUGCAUAUAUCAUACCAUUGUCAGAUUGAAGACUUAGUGAGAUUCUAGGCAGGCUUGUUUACUAUUGAGAUGGAGCACAAUUUGUGGAGACGUUUAUCAUUUCAUGCCUGACUGCUUUUCAAUGAAGACUGAUAUGAAUAUUUAAUUUAAAGUAUUUGAAGUUCAUUUGUUCAAAGAUGGGAGCUUUAGACAGGCAUGUUUCUUUUCUGCUUGACAGUCUCAUAUAGCACUCAGUGUAUCACAUCAAAGUUGCCUACUUUGAUUCUAUUUUUGUAACUCUCUUGGCUUGCAACAUGCAUUAUUUAGACAGGAGGGUUUAAAUUUGAAAACCAAAUAGAUUUAAGCUUAAUGUCAUCAAUAUUCAUAUUGAGUUGAAUUGUUUUGAAAUGCAGGCAGCUGUUUCUUAGGUUAUCACUUUCUUGACAAGUCACCUGUGCACUAGUGUGGCUUCCCUCUUGUGAUUGGCUGGUUGGAUGCUUGUCUGACACAUGAUUGACUUGUGUUUGUCUUCUGUGGCCUAUUCAAACUGAGCAAAUUUGCAUUUUAGCCAGGACUUGAAUGAAAUAUUCUUUAGGGCCAAGUGAUCAUGUGACCUAGUGUUUUCUCUUGUUUUCGUGGAAGAGAGCUCUCCUUUCUGUGUUCACUGUUUGUGAAUCAGUUGUGACAUCACCAGCAGUUUGUAAAAGUUCAUUUUUGCUCUAUAACCUAAUGGAAAUCAACCCUCAAUCACUUUUCUACAGAUGCCAAAGUGCAAACUCUUUGCAUAGCUUUCUGUUUUCGGCGAAACAGAAUGGUUAAGGCACGUAUCUGAGUCUCUGAAUUUCUCUUGUUUUAAUACUUAUUCUCAAUUUAUUGCUAAGAACAUUGUGAUCAAUCACUCUACCAAACUCUCACCAGUUUUUAGCUACAGUAAUGGGUCAUUCUUGAGACAGUGUCUUGAGACAACAAAACUUACAACUGUUGAUGAUAGUAUGGGUUCUAUCUUGUGUUUCACCAUACCAUUUUCACAAUACUACAACUGUAUUUGUUAUUGAUCUUUGAUCUUUAGUUUUUAUUUACAAGGUUACACACAGUAUUUCUGUUUUCCAAUUUGAUAUCUUUGUGAGGAAGCUGUGUCUUCAAGUAUAUUAAUUUUCUUUGUGCCCAUCUGUGCUUGCCUCAAAGUCUGAAUUUUUAUGAUGAUGAAUAAUCUCCAAGGAAAACCUUUUAACGAGAUAAAUUUACAGUUUUGAAGACAAACCUGCAGGGGCAAAAAUUAAUCUUUCUUUUAUUGUGAACAUUGAUAGAACUAAAGGUGAACUCAGACAUUUUGUUGAAAUUUUCAAGUUAAGGCAAAGGAAAUAUAUUGUGAGACUGAAAUCUUAGAUAAUUAGCCAAACAGUUUGUUCAUAUCCUGUAAUUACAAUAUCCAUACAUCUUGCAUCUUCAAUCCGAUUUGCGCUGAAUCCUUGGAUCCUAUGUUUUAAUGCUAUCCUAAACUGAGAAUGGAGAUUUUGAUUAAUUUGUAUUAGCCAUCUGGUUAAACAUAAAAAGUAACUGUUAUAAAUGUUUGGUUUGGUUUUUAUUGUUGCAAGGGUUCCCAUGAAAAGUCUGUUUUAUUCUACAAAAACCGUAAUUGCAUUGCUGUUAGGGUAAACUGGGCAAGUUAGGAUGUCUCUUAACCAGGGAAAAUUAUGCACAAAAGCCCAAUUUAUGCACUCGUGUUGCGUAAUACUGUUGUUACACAAGUAUUAUUCCACUUGGAACUACGUCUCAUUGCAUUUUCUUCUUCUCUACUAUCACCAGGCGAUAUUUCUUUUACUUUUAAAAUCUCAAAAGCAUAGAAUAGAUUCUUGUUAAUAUCUCAAUGCAGUUGGAUAAAAAUAAAACUUGAAAUUCUUGAUUUGCCACUGAAGGUGCUAACACAAUUAAAAGCAUGUUUUAACAUGAUUCAUGCCAUUUCUCAGGUUCGCUAUGAUGAAACAGCUAAUACGUACAACUCAGCUUCAUCCAUGGGUAACAGUAAAUCACUUUAUGGACAUGCAAUGACACCAGAGAGUAAUGGCUCUGCUUCCAUUGACAAUGAUUUAAACCACGUGGAGACACUCCCAAGAGGAACAGAGUUCAGAAAUAGUAAAAAUGAUGAUGGCCAACCGGCUGAGAAGAGACAAAGAUUAUCAGAAGUUGGCAUUGGAGAGAGGAGGGAUGCCAAUGGGCCAUCUAUUGUUCACAUCAAGCUGGAAGACAAUAAUAAUGCACAAGAUAAAGGAAAUCAGGCCGUGUUUAGAAAUCCCGCCGAGAUAGUUACCCCAAGGCGGAAACAGAGGCCACGUCCAGAGCCUUUGACUAUCCCACCAUCAGCAAGCACUACCUACUUUCCUAAUCGUCCAGGCUCUCCAAUGAAUCGCAGUCAACCAUGUUCACCACCAUAUACACCUCCUCCAAUGCUCAGUCCUCGCAGCAUAUAUCAUGUUCCUUCCUUAGGAAACCUGACACCACGACUGAGUGCAUCCUUGCAGCAUCCUUUGACACCAAGCAGGCUUCUACUAAGUGGCCACAGAAGUAAGCCAUGGUGUUUUUUUCUUUGUUAUAAGCAGAGGUUUUUCUCUAUUUCAAGUUCAAUGCUUACAAGUUUGCCCCCACUGUGACAAGUUCACUACCAAAGAAAUUCUGCACCUUACUUUCAAACCGGUCACUAGCAGCUACAUACUGUCAGUAGUAGUACUUCUAUCACAUUCAAAAAAUAUGUUUUUGUAUUACAACAAAGCAUUCAUAGAAUCGGACUAAAAGUUCUGUUUCGAGAAGAAAAGUUACAGUUUUGCCACAAGAAAACUGCUAACCUGUUGUAUUUGUUGCUGUGAACUUUUCAUGAUUCAGAGAAACUUGUAGUGGGCCAAAUCUUAGUCAUGAAUUUCUUUGUCACCUUUAUGCCUUAUAAUAUUACAUUCAGGGGGAGCAUACAAAGUACUUAAAUUCUGUGUGAGCAAAACCAGAAGGGGGUUGUUGCUUGGGUUUGAAUUUUAUUGUAAUAAGUGUUUUUCAUUGAGCAACAUUUUCUCACAAUUUUUAGGCAGCUUUGAUGGAGAAGAAGCCAGUCAAUUCCCUGAGCCGUAAGUAUUUCAUAAAGUUUCAUUUGAAGUUCAAAUUACAAAUAAUAAUUACUGUUUGUACGAUGUUUAAGUCUCAUGAAUGCUAGCCCUAAAAUAACUGGUCUAAUCCCAUUAACAUUAAGAAACGUUCCCAAACAUGGCUUGCCUUUUGCAACUAGUCAACCUAAAAUUACUGGCUUUUUAGAAAAUUAAAAUUUCAUUAUUGGGAUUGUCUCCAACCAAAUUUAAGUAUGCAAUGCCAUCACCCGCAGAGAAACAAAAGUAGCCUAGAAAUUUGUUUUCAAUGAUUUUUUCCUACUUUUCAGUCUUUGGUUGACUGUUCCAAAAUUAAUGCUGCUGAGAAUAAAAGAAGUGUGUAGUAUAAAAGUGUUCAAAGUGUAAUUUACUUACAAUGUCUGUCUGUCAACAGGAAAAUAAAUGUUGGCCCACAGUUUCAGGCUGAGGUGCCUCCUUUGGCAGGUGAGUAUAUCAUUUCCACAGCAAUAGUUCCUUGAUAUCUCCAUGUUGUCUGAAUUUAAGAUGUAGAGCAUGCAAGUAAUGAAAAUUCAGAAGGAAAUUUAAAAAAAAAGGUUUAGGAAGCGAGUAAAGGAAGGGAAGGUAUAUUUUCAACUGAAUUUGACAUGCAGAAUUUCAGAAUAUGCAGUUACUCUGUGAUUAGUGGACUGGACUCUUAAUUAGGGUGUUGGUUGGGUCAAAGUGCAGUUUCACUCUCUCUGUCCACUGCUCUGUCUGAGAGUGUUAAUGGGUAUAAGCAAAUAGUCGUGAAACAUAACAAAAUAAUGUGCAGGUAGCCUGAAAGAGAAUAGUCUCAUCAAGAUGAAGAAGUAAUAUUCUUGUCCCAUAGAAUUACAGCAUUUCAACCUUAGCAAAGAGGGUAGAUGCAUUGGUGUGACAUCAAUCCUCUUUUUGCCUGGAAUGUUUUGCUCAGUAACAUAAAGCUAAUUUUAUCCUCCCAUUUACUUCCAAGGUCCCAAAGAAGGAGCAAUCCAUGAUGUUCACAGAGCAACAUUGUGCUGGAAACCUCUUGAUGAAAAGAAGAGAACAAGACGGGAAGAAAGUAAGUUCUUGUACCAUUUUACACAGCUCUAUUUUUAUCACUCUUUAUUUUGUGGUCCAAAAAAACUCAACUUUUCAGAUUCUGUAAUUUUCAUUGCCCAGAAAAAGUUUUGUUGUUCAGCAGUUUUUGUGUAAAAUAAGACAUGGAUAUGUACAAAGUGGUAAUAACCUUUCAGCUCCCUUAACCCUUAAACUUCCAAGAUCUGAUUGUUAAUUCUCCCCUCUGGUAGCUACACAAUUUCUUGUGAAUAAGUGAUGAGAAUUUGGUGUUAGAUCAAAAUAACAACUUCAACCUGAUAAGUUUUAGCAUUCUCAUUACUUGUUUACUGGAUUUUGUAGGGAUAUUAUAGGGAGAAGUUACAUGUUAAUCACACCUGGGAGUUGAGGGGUUAAGUGAUCAGCAUGUUACUUUUCACAACAAAUUUCAUUCAUUAACAAGCAAAGGAGUGGUGAGAAAAAACAGACCAGUUCUGGUUGUUCUCUCCACAAAACAGCAUUCUCUCUGCAAUUUUUUAAAGGAAUUUUUUAGAAGCAAUAGGGGGGGAUUACCAAUCAAAUCUCGUCACUUUUUUAAUCAUUUAAAUUUCAGUUGAGUCCUUUCUGGACAUGGCCUGCUCUGUUGCGAUAGUUGGUGGAGGGUCAAACAAAGAGUAUGCAUUACACAUUCUUCAUAAAGCAAAUGGAAAUAUUAAGGUAGGUAGAAAACACAACUCUAAUCUGCCUCGCAUGUAUGUUGCUACAGGAAUAGCAACAAUCAAUGGAUUUGCGAGUUUUUCUUUUUCCCCUUGAAAAAAAUGCAUGUCAUAAAGUUGUUUGUUCACUAGAAUCAUUUGAUGAAUGCUACAGGUUUUUCUAGGAAGAGUAACAAUCAAUGGAUUUGCGAGUUUUUUUCUUUUCCCCUUGGAAAAAAUGUAUGUCAUAAAGUUGUUUGUUCACUAGAACCUGUUGAUGAAUGCCACAGGUUUUUCUAGAUAUGAGUUACUUUUGCCAUUGAAUAUCCUUUUCAGGACUGCCCUGGCUUGAUUGAGGGCUUUAUGUAAUGAGAAGUUGUUUAUGUGAUCAAAUUCUUAAGUUUGUUGGUGUUAUUCUAGUAUUUUUUUAAGAACUUUUGGUAAUUGAGGGGGAUUCUUCAUAACAUUUAUCUUUCUUUUCUACUUUUGUCUCACCAGGAAGCAGUAAAAUUGCUGCUCUGUCAGAAUUUCAUCACCCAAAAUGAUGACCCAAUGUAUGACUAUCACUAUGAAGGUAAUGAAGAAAAGUCAACAUUUAUGACUUGUUUUUAUUUUCCUUACUGACAUUUGUCUAUGGUGUUGCACUUUAUUAUAGGUUCUGUCAGGUGGGCUUCUAAGGAAAGGCAGAUUUUCAGACAAAAUUUCAGAACUAAGGGAAAAGAAUUUUCUGAUCUUCAGAAAGAUGUAAGUUUUACUCCUUAUUGCUACAAUCACUUUAUGCCAGGCUUACAAGAUUUAUCCCAUUGUUGAAUUUUCCUUUUUUUAAGAAGCUUGAUUGUCUAAAAUUUUUGGUGAACACUUUUCUGUGCCAUUUUAGAUUGGAGGCAAGAAAACAAUUUUUGACUGUAUAGAGUUUUAUUACCAUUGGAAAGCAGCACACCCAGAAGCUGUACGAGGAAGAACACGCUACAUUGACUCAGACUCCGAGGUACGUGCAUGAUUAUCGGGAACACUAAUUAAUAAAAAAUUAUGGGGCAUGUACAGAGCCUCUUAUUUGUUGGUGAAUCCCAACUACAAACUGGGGGAAGAAGUCAUAUUUGAAAGAGAGAAAUCUGAGAUCUUUUGGUGACUUCCCUCAAUUUCCUGCUGUAGAACAGUUACGAUGGAUCUAUAACUGAAACUCCAAUUUAAAAAUAUAACGAAUUUAAUAGUAUUUGUUUGUUUUUUGUUUAUCAGGAUUAUGAGGACACAGGAAGUGAAACUAACAGCAAUCCUUCAUAUUUUGAGUGUGAUUUCCCUCAGUGCAAUGCUGUAAGUCCUCACUAAAAAAAUUCUGUUUUUUAAUAUUUCUACUGUACAGAAUAUAGUUGCUGCCCAAAUCCGUUUCUUUACAGCAGCAAGAAAAAUAUAGGUUCAAUUUUGUAUUAUAAUAAUUUUUACUAUUCUGUUUAUCCAUUGUUUUAACACUGUUAUUGCUCUAUAUUGGUAACUGGGAUUGAAAUAUUCAUGAUUAAGCACAGAAACAUUUUUGUCAUCAGUAACUUUUUGCUCAACCAUGGAAUCUGAUAGUAUGAGACCUAAAAAUUUUUUUGUUAUUUUCAUUUUUGUAGAAAUUUGUGUCCAGGCAAGCACUGAAUGGUCAUAUUCGUGUCCAUGGAGGAAGGUAAAGAUAUCUUUUCAGUAAUUUUCUUGAUGUAAAUUGCAAUGGCUUUUCCAAAAGCAUAGUUGAGAAACAGUAGUAAACCAGUGUGAUGUUGUGACUUAAAAUUUACUUUGAAUUGGUGAAACAAACCAAUUGAAUUGUAUAAUGUUGCUUAAAUUUAUCAUGGGUUUAACCACCUAAUUAUUAAGGUAAAAAUAAUGACAAUCUCUGUGACUGGUAGAGAAAGAGCCAAGAGUUUUCUGGAUCAAUUACAUAAACACUUUCCUGCAUUACAUUAACACAACACUGAAAAUUGCUCUUUGAAAAGAAUGCUCCAUAAUACAAGAUGUGAAGCCCAAUUUUCAUGAGUGAGGCAAUGGGUUUCUUAAUAGCUAUACUUCUUCUCUAUUUAAAUGAGUUUUUGUGCACCUGAAUUCAGUCAAUGAGUGUUUGCUCCCAAUUUCACACGAUAACCACAAUAUUCUCAACAGCUUUAUGAAGCCUUCAGAACCAAACAGACGUAAGAAUCGAAACACUGCAGGUUCAUCUGCCUCUAAUGGAACAAAUUCGGCACCUGUAGUUAGGAAGAGGAAGUCUCCAUCACCAGCACCUGCUUCAGUGCACCCUGAUUUAAAUAAUCCAGAUGGACAAUUACCUGAGUUUGCAUGUAAAGUCUGUGGAAGGUUAGUAGCUCUCUUUCUUAGGUCCACGCUAAAGCAUGAUCAGUACCACCUUGCAUAUGAACUGACUUUCCAUUGAGUUAAUUCAAGCUUAGCUGAGCUAUGAUAGAGACUGUGCUUAGCCAGGGUCUGUGCUUAUCUAGGGCCAGCACAAAGCUAAUGUAAAGUCUCAAUAUUUGAGUUAUAUGGUCACAACUUACAACACACCUAAAUCAAUAUUCUACUCACUUAAAUACAUUUUACAACAUUACUAUUCAUAUUUAACACACAGUCAUGCAGUUGUGCUGAUAUAUUUCCAUGAUGAACCCAUUCUUAACCCUUUGACUCUCAGAAAUGAUAGACACAUAACUUCCCCCUAAAUAUUCAUACAUUAUCCAGCAAACAGGUAAUGAGAAUAGUCAAAUUUAUCAGGUCGACUAAUUUAUUAGGAAAUGUGUAGCAGCUAAAGGGGAGAACUGGGAGUUAAAGGGCUAAAGAUAUGGCACUACAGCUAUGGCCUGCCCUUAGCUAGGGCCUGUGUUUGGCAAGGGCCUUAGCUGAGAGGGUGUCGCUUUCCUUUUUCUCAGGUCUGUUUUUCUUUUCCAAUGCUUAAUUGUCUUUCAAGUGGUUGUUUUGUGCUGUGGCUAUCAAAGAAACUUUGAUUGCUUGAUGUCAAAAGUUAUCAGGAUCACCGAUGUAAAUCAAGUUAUUUAACAAAGUGCAUUUCAAUUAGUUGUGUCUGUCACAAUGCUAAUACACUUCUCAAUCCACUUGCAGAAUAUUCCACAAGAUAAAGAGCAGGUCAGCCCAUAUGAAGACUCAUGUAAAGAGACCAGAUGAUGAUGAAAAACUUUCCUCAAAGUUGCCUUCCAAGAAUCACUGAUGCUAGUAACUUCAAUCUAAAAGAAAAUUGAACCAGUUCAUAUAAAGUAUCCCUUCCACAGUUUGACUGUUAAUGACUAUUUAUGUACAUGAUAUAGCUAAGUUAUUCCUAAUUUAUAUAUUUUUUGACUUAAAGUCAUGUGGUGAGAAUGAUGAAAUUUUCACCAUUUGGUUCUGUAUUUAGCCUUUGAAGAAGAAGAAUUCUUGUAUGGUAACAGAAGUUUUGAAAUUUGUGCUCUAGCAGUAUAGCCGUAGACAUUUAUGGCUGCAUAUAAGCUUCUCAUAUCUCAAGUUGUAUUUAUAUGGUUGAAUAAUUUUGUGCUCUGGCAAACUGGCCGGACAGAAAUAAUAUUUUUUGUUAUGGAAAUUUCUACGGAUUAUGUAAUGUGAAAUUUUGUUGUGCAAUCAUUCCCAGAUCACCCAGAGCAAGAGUGACAGCUCUUGAGUGUUAAAGUCAAGUUCAGUUUCAAAAUAUUGAAUAUAUAACUUGAGUAUGCCAGUCCACUAACUUCUUUCCUGAAUGGUAUUUAUGAAAUCUCAACUUUUAUCUGCAUGGAAAAAGGCCUUCCCAGCCUUGUUGAAAAAAGAUUUUUCUUCCUUUAAACAAGGCUAAGAAGUUUUAUUUGCAUGCUGUAAAGGAGAAUAAUCAGUCUAGCAUUGUGGAAGAAGUGUGAAGUGGUUCUUUUCUCACUCUUUUUUGAUCUUUAUGGGUGAAACAAAGAUUCCAAAAAUAGAAAUAGUUAAAAGUUAGAAAGUUUUAAAUCUUUGAAGGUCUACAAUGAAUCAUGAGAGGGUUUAAUCCUCUCCUCUAAGUAGUGUCCAUGACUCCUCAAGCUGUGGUCUGUAGAUGGGAAUCUGGGAAUGAGUCAUAUUUUCAUUGUGCAUUGGCAGAGUUGACCUUUGUCUUUUCAGCAAAAGUAACCGCAUUUUAAAGUGAUAAGCUCUAUUUUGUUUGUUAGGUCUUGUAAACAAAAUACUUGUUGCAGUGCAGCAGAUUGAAGGGUCUUGUAAAUAGUUUGAAUUUAAUUCAAUAGACAGACGUGUGUUAAAAGAACCUCUCUUUCUUUGAAGUCAUACCAUUUUGACAGCAGCUUCCUUGGGGUUCUGUUCCUAAACAUUCACAGUCUGGAUUUUGUGACUGAGUUGUCUUGUAAAAAAAUCUGAAUUUAUGGUAGUGCUGUCAACCAAGUGUAUGUUUUUUUUUUAUGUUGCACACUUAAUUUGUUCUUUAAUCAUGUUUUUUGUGUUCAGGAUGUUCUGAAGGCAUCUGACUCUCUUGCGUCACUGAUAAUUUUUUUGGUUCUGCUUUGAUUGAUUGCAAAGUUAGUUGUACACUUUCUUUGAGAGAGUUAAAAAUUAUGAAAAGUUAAUAUAUGUCAGAAAUUAUUUGUUGACGUUUUUUUAGAAACAGAAAAUGUUUGGGUUUACUUCUUAAUCAAUUUGCUAAAACAGUUUUUUGAUGCACCUGUUAUGAGCUGGAAAAAGGCUCCACAUACAAACCUGAAGUUGGACCUGAAUAUCCAAUAUCAGACAAAUUGGUAAUGUUGGAUUGACUAAUCUGUACAUAGGAGAGAUGUGAAUACUUCAGACAGUAAAAAAGACUCUAAUAGAGUGCAAACUUAAGUGUUAAGCACGGUGUACAUUUGCAAUUUCUCUCAGAAAACUAAGGAGAAGUUACCUAAUGUAAAAAGAGCUGCAAUGCUCUGUUUUCUAGCAACAGUGUUGUGGUAGAUAUUGGAAUAAAGCGUGUAUUUAUUGGUUCU